UACCGGUUUCUCUACCUUCAACCUUCUUCUUACUUCCUAAUCAACAUUGCGUUUUGUCCCUUUAUUUUUUUUUUUCUGGUUAAUCGAACUGUUCUCUGAAAUUUCUGCGUCGUGCUCCAUUUGAAUGCUUUUAUGCUUCUUCUUUCAUCUUCUGAGUUUCUCUAGUGUUUUGGUUCUUUUCCGACUGCAUUUGAUCUGGAUCUGGUUACUUGUGGAGUAGCUUUGAGGAGUUACUCACAACAAGCUUCAUCUAUUUGCAUUUCUUGUCUACUGAGCUCCACUUAUUGUUUUUCUUUUCGAUUGAGCUUGGUGGAUGAAGUCUAGCUGUUGAUCUUCAAGCGAAAUCAAGUUAUAGAGAUUUUGCAGCCAUGGAUUUUCUGUUUUAGGUGUUGAUUGACGGUCGUUCUGGAGUGUGGCGGUUGCUGUACCCUGGGAAGAGUCCAUUUUUUAUAAGAUAUUGUUGCUUGACAUUGCUCCAGAAAUUUCUUGUGGUUUUUUGGUUUCUCAUCAACAUUUGGUGUUAUGGGAUUUUCUUUGUUCGGUGAUAGGUUUGGAAUGUAGUUAUAUUACCUAUUGAUUAAUUUGUAGAGAACUGCUUAUUGAGGGUUUCGCUUUGAUUCUUCAACAAUGGUGCUUGGUUUGAAAGGAAAGCACAGGAGAGGUGACAUUGUUCAAGUUGAUUAUAGGAUCCAUGUUCAGGAUAUAAAGCCAUGGCCACCCUCACAGUCACUCAUGUCCCUCCGCUCCGUGUUUAUUCAAUGGGAGAAUGGUGAUCGUCACUCUGGAUCUUCCAAUCUUGUUAUUCCAACCAUUGGGUCUAUAGUUGGUGAGGGAAAAAUUGAAUUCAAUGAAUCGUUUAAGUUACCUGUGGGUCUGGUGAGGGACAUGCCUGUUAGAGGGAAGGAUGCUGAUACAUUCCAGAGGAACAUUUUAGAGUUCAACCUAUUUGAGUCUCGCAGAGAAAAGGCUGGGAAAGGUCAAUUGUUGGCUACUGCCACCAUAGACUUGGCUGAAUUUGGUGUUGUCAAAGAAACAACAUCUGUUACUGUUCCAAUACAUUGCCAGAGGAACUUCAAGAACACACUUCAACCAAUCUUGUCCAUCAAAAUUCAGCCAAUUGACAAGGGACGGAGCAACAACUCACUGAAGGAAACACUGUCCAGGAGGAUGUCGUUGGACAGUUUUGAUGGUGAAUCUGCUGCAGCCUCUAUGCAUGAAGAAUUUGCAGAUCCAAACAAGAUUGCAUCUUUCACUGAUGAUGACGUUUCAUCCCACUCUUCCAUGACGACUUCUUCUGCCUUAGAGCCCGAUAGUUGUGUAGCACCUCCAAUUGAAGAGGAUGGUGGCCUAAGUACGCUGAUUCAUGGAGCUGAUAAUAGACAGGAGCAUGCUUCCAUUUUAAACUUGGAGCGGGAAAAAUCAAAUGUGACAACUGAGAAUGGAGCACAUGGAGGGUUGAAUGUGAAUUCAUCGUCCUCUUCACCAAUAGAACUAUAUUCUGAUCCAGGAAGUCCUGAAAAUAAUCAUUCUUCUAUCUCCAGUCCUCCAAAGGUUGGGACAAUGUCCAUUGAGAGAAAUGGUAAAAAAAGUUUUACAGUUUACUUUUCUUCUUCCCCAAAACAUGAACAGCAUGAGAUUGAUAUCCAUAACCAUGUGAAGAUUGAAGAUGCUGGACAUUUGGCAAAGGAGAGUAAUGGUAGGAAGUUCGAUGGGAUGAAUUAUCAGGAGGCUUCUAAUGUUGAAACAAAAGAGGAUGGAGAUCAUUUCUCAGCUAGACAAGGUGAUACCUUUGGGCAGAAAAAUGAUAGAUUAAAGCAUGUGAAGUCGGUUCGUUCACCAUUAGAAUCAGCUAAAUGUAAUGGGUUCAGUAGUAAACAGCCUACUGGAGUUGAGGAAGGUGGUGCUCCAGUAUAUCCGGAUAACAGCUUAGAAAGUGUCAGAAGAAAUGACAAAAGGGAUUCUAAACCAUGUGCAAAGGAUACCAAAAAUUCUGUUUCGGACAGCAAAGUCCAACAAUUACAACACAAGAUAAAAAUGCUCGAGGGAGAGUUGAGAGAAGCUGCAGCAAUUGAGGCAGCUCUUUACUCUAUAGUUGCUGAACAUGGAAGUUCCAUGAAUAAGGUCCAUGCUCCUGCACGGCGUCUUUCUAGGCUGUAUCUUCAUUCUUGUAAAGAAAGUUCUCAGUCCCGGAAGGCUCAUGCUGCUAGAAGUGUUGUUUCUGGAUUUGUUUUGAUUGCAAAAGCUUGUGGAAAUGACGUGCCCAGAUUGACUUUCUGGUUAUCAAAUUCAAUAGUCCUGAGAACAAUCAUAAGUCAGAAUGCUGUGAGCUUGAAAAUGCAAGUUAUUUCUGGAUCUCAUUCAAGCAAAAAUGGUGCCAACAAAGAAAGUAGUAAAGCAGCGUCUGCACUGAAAUGGAAAGUGUCGUCUCCAAACAAAAGAGAGAAUGGAAGUACCAAACAUGGAAGUUCUGGUGACUGGGAAAACGUACAGACUUUUACAUCUGCAUUAGAGAAGGUUGAGGCUUGGAUCUUCUCCCGAAUCAUUGAGUCCAUCUGGUGGCAGACAUUGACUCCACAUAUGCAGUCGGCAACAGCAAAAACAAUCAAUCAAGUUUCAAAUUCAACCUCAGGGAAGAGCUAUAAGAGAAAUUCUAGUUCAGUUGAUCAUGAUCAAGGGAACUUUUCGUUGGACCUUUGGAAGAAAGCUUUCAAGGACGCCUGUGAAAGAAUUUGUCCUGUCAGAGCUGGAGGGCACGAGUGUGGUUGCUUGCCUCUUCUGUCUAAAUUGAUAAUGGAGCAAUGUGUCACUAGAUUGGAUACAGCAAUGUUCAAUGCCAUUCUUCGUGAUUCUGCUGAUGAGAUGCCAACUGAUCCUGUGUCUGACCCCAUUAGUGAGUCUAAAGUUCUCCCAAUUCUGGUCGGGAAAUCGAGUUUUGGAGCUGGCGCACUACUUAAGAAUGCAAUUGGAAACUGGUCGAGGUGGUUGACUGAUCUUUUCGGCUUGGAUGACGAAGAUCAAUGCGAGGAUGAAAAUGACAACACAGAAGGGAAAGAUGCUUCUACCCUCAAGUCCUUCCAUCUACUAAAUGCAUUGAGCGAUCUCAUGAUGCUUCCUAAGGACAUGCUCCUCAGCCAAUCGAUAAGAAAAGAGGUAUGCCCUUCGUUUAGUGCACCAGUAAUCAAGAGAAUUCUUGACCAUUUUGUUCCUGACGAGUUUUGCGAAGACCCAAUCCCUGAUGCUGUUCUUGAAGCUCUGGAUAUCGAGGAGGACCCAUCUGAACUCGAUGACAAAUUUGUGAUGAGUCUCCCACACACCGCAGCCGCCGUAACCUAUCACCCACCAUCAGCAGCUUCUGUAGCAGCAUUCAUUGGCGACGUUGGUACGAAGCCCGAGCUCACAAGAAGCAGAUCUUCAGUGCUCAGAAAAUCUAAUACCAGUGAUGAUGAGCUGGAUGAGUUGUGCUCACCCUUUGCUUCUAUUCUCGAUGUGGCAAUCUCUCCUUUCACUACAUCUAAGCCGAGCAGGACUUCUGAGAAAAAUUGCAACCAAAAUGCGACAAGGUACGAGCUUCUUCGAGAUGUAUGGGGCGAGUAAUGAGUAAUCUAUUAUUCAGUCCGGUUGGAAAAAAAUUCAUCGAGUAAUAGUAAGAUAAAAGUGAUAUCAAACACCGAGGGGUUUGGGGAUUGUAUAUAUAUAAUGUAUAACCGGAGGUUUUUGUAGAAUUGUUAAAUCUGAUCUCCAUUUUUUAUCCA